GUUGUUCAAUUUUCCCCUCCCAAAACCCCAAAUCCGUUCUGUCGGCGGCCGAGCCUGGUUCCCUCUACUCUGAGUAGCCAACGAAGCUCAGGACGGUUGCAGUUACCACCCUCCACUACCGGAGCGCUACCAAUUUUGUCCCGCACUUUCAAUUUUGCUUCCCUUUCUCUUCCCUUGGCCUAGCCCUACUCCCCAAUUCCCCACUCUCGUCUCUACCUCACUGAUCACCUACUCGAAAAUGGCUUUCAUUUGCUGUUAGGAUUUCUAAGACAAACCCUUUUCGCUACCGACCCCAGCCUGUUCCAUAUCUUAAUCUCCAUUUUCCAAGUCCUCAACAUGGCUAUCCGCGUCACCAUCACUUACUCCGGCUAUGUUGCCCAUAACCUAGCCUCCACCGCCGGCUUCCGUCUCGGAUCGUGCUCUUCUCGAAAUGUCCACGAAUGCUGGAUCCGGUCUCGUUUCCUUUCCCCCAACAAAAAAACUGACAUCGACUCUUACUCUCCCCGUGCCUACCACUCCGCCGCUGAUCUACGUCUCCCUCGGUCGAGCAUUUACUCGACCCUCGCUGCUGAUAUCCUUAAAGACAGUUGCAAUAACCCAAUCGUCGUCGGUUUGAUCUCUCUGAUGAAGUCAUCGACGUUUGGGUCUUGUUCCCCCGUCACCACUAUGGGAAUUACAUCUUUUAAUGCCACUUCGAUUAUCCCUUUCUUGCAAGAGUCGAAGUGGCUUCCGUGCAAUGAACCGACUCAUGUCGGACUGGAGAGUUGUGAAGCGGAUAGAGGAGGAACAUGCAAUGAUGGUCGAAGUUUGAGCAUGGAGUUGGAUCCCAAAGCGUUUGUUAAAGGCAGUUGGAUUUCGAGGGUGUUAAAUGUUUGCUCCGAAGAUGCCAAGGCUGCUUUUACUGCUGUGACAGUUAGUUUACUUUUCCGGUCGUUUUUGGCUGAGCCAAAGUCAAUUCCGUCGGCUUCUAUGUACCCUACUUUAGAUGUUGGCGACCGCAUUGUGGCUGAGAAGGUAUCCUAUUUCUUUAGAAAUCCAGAGGUUUCCGAUAUUGUUAUAUUCAGGGCACCUCCUAUCUUGCAGGAAUUUGGGUUCAGCUCAGGCGAUGUUUUCAUUAAAAGGAUUGUUGCUAAGGCUGGAGAUUGUGUUGAAGUUCGAGAUGGCAAAUUGUUAAUUAAUGGUGUUGCUCAAGAUGAAGAUUUCGUUCUAGAGCCAUUAGCUUAUGAAAUGGAUCCUAUGGUUGUGCCUGAAGGUUAUGUUUUCGUGUUGGGAGAUAACCGUAACCACAGUUUUGAUUCCCAUGACUGGGGUCCACUUCCCAUCGAGAACAUUGUUGGUAGGUCUGUAUUUCGCUAUUGGCCUCCAUCCAAAGUUUCAGAUACUAUACAUGACCCAAAUGUGUGUCAAUAUUGAGCAUUAUUUUAUUGUAUGAUCUAUUCACAGUAUCCAUUUUUUGUAAUCUUCUUGUUGAUUGUCCAAUUGUUGGCCACAGACA